AUGGCGGCCGCUGCCGCCGAAGGGAGCCCGGCGGCGGGGUCGGCGACCGGCUCGCCGCUUCGCUCCGCGGCCCCCGAGGGUGACGGCGAGGAGGGCGAGGAGCCGGAGUCUCCCGCGGAGGCGGGGCCCAGCAGCGGCGGCAGCGGCGGCAGCAGCGCGGGCUUCCGUCUGACGGCGCUGCGGCGGGACCCGGCGGUGCGGCUGCAGCACGGCGUGAGCGGCCUGGAGCCGUUGGCCUGGUCGGAGGACCACCGCGUGUCGGUGAGCACGGCCCGCAGCAUCGCCGUCCUGGAGCAGCUGAGCGACGUCAACAGCGCCGCCGCCGACCUCGUCAUCCACCGCACAGCCGUGCCCGCCCCCGCCGCCUCUUGUCAUCUCAAGGUUGGUUCCAAAAAAGAAGUUGCCGAAUGUAAGGAAAAGUUUGCAAAUUCUAAAGACCCCACAGUAAGUCAGACGUUCAUGUUAGACAGGGUGUUCAACCCCGAAGGGAAGCUGCUGCCUUCUCUGCGAGGUUUCAGAUACUCCAGCUGGUCUCCGCUGGGCUGCGAUGCAAAUGGCAGGUGCCUGUUGGCGGCUCUGACAAUGGACAACCGGCUGACCGUCCACACGAACCUGAACCGACUGCAGUGGGUGCAGCUGGUUGACUUGACUGAGCUGUACGGGGAGCGGCUAUACGAGAACGGUUACAAGCUUUGCAAGGGCGAAGCCCACCGGGGAGAUCUAGGAGACUUCUCUGAAUUCCAGAAGAGGCACAGCAUGCAGACGCCGGUGCGCAUGGAGUGGUCUGGGAUCUGCACCACCCAGCAGGUGAAGCAUAACAACGAGUGCCGGGACGUGGGCAGCGUGCUGCUGGCAGUGAUCUUUGAGAACGGCAACAUUGCCAUCUGGCAGUUCCAACUCCCUUUCGUGGGCAAGGAGUCCAUCACGUCCUGCAGUACCAUAGAGUCAGGGAUAAAUUCCCCCAGCGUCUUGUCAUGGUGGGAAUAUGAGCACAAUAACCGGAAGAUGAGCGGGAUCAUCGUGGGGAGCGCCUUUGGGCCAGUGAAAAUCCUCCCUGUCAACCUUAAGGCAGUCAAAGGCUACUUCACGCUGAGACAGCCGGUGGUUUUGUGGCAAGAGAUGGACCACUUGCCUGUCCACAGUAUCAAGAGCGUUCCACUUUAUCACCCUUACCAGAAAUGUAGCUGCAGUUUAGUGGUGGCCGCAAGAGGAUGUUACGUUUUCUGGUGUCUUCUCCUAAUCUCCAAAGCGGGCUUGAAUGUUCAUAACUCUCAUGUGACGGGGCUCCACUCUUUGCCAAUUGUCUCCAUGGCUGCAGACAAGCAGAACGGCACUGUUUAUACGUGCUCUGUAGAUGGGAAGGUGAGGCAGCUGAUUCCUUUCUUCACAGAUGGGGCGUUGAAAUUUGAACACCAGCUGAUACAGUUGUCCGAAGUGCUGGGCUCUGUGCGGACUCACGGGAUUGCGGUGAGCCCAUGCGGAGCAUACCUGGCCGUCAUUACCACCGAAGGCAUGACCAACGGCCUUCACCCGAUUACCAAAAGCUACCAAGUUCAGUUUGUAACUCUUAAAACCUUUGAGGAGGUGGCGGCUCAGCUGCUGGAAUCUUCUGUCCAAAAUCUUUUCAGGCAGGUUGACUUGACGGAUCUUGUCCGCUGGAAGAUCUUGAAGGAUAAGCACAUCCCACGGUUCCUACAGGAAGCCUUGGACAAAAAGAUCGAAAACUUUGGGUCGACUUAUUUCUGGCGUUUCAAAUUGUUUCUCUUGAGAAUCUUGUAUCAGUCCCUGCAAAAGGCUCCCUCUGAGGCCUUGUGGAAACCUACGCAUGAGGACACCAAGGUUUUAAUUGUGCAUUCCCCUGGGACUGGCAGCGUCGAAGAGCAUCUGCAAGACGAGGGGACCUCAAAGCAGGGUGGCAAGCGGCAUCCGAGUGAAACCAGCAAAGGAGAGGACGGGGACGACCUGGCAGAUGACUUGCUUGCCCACUCGAGUGACGUCGGAGGGCGAGAGCCAAUGGAAGAAAAGCUUCUUGAAAUCCAAGCCCAAAUCGAAGCUGUUGAAAUGCAUUUGACACGGGAGCAUAUGAAGCGGGUGCUGGGGGAAGUCUACCUCCACACGUGGAUUACAGAGAACACCAGCAUUCCCACGAGAGGGGUCUGUGACUUCUUAAUGUCCGAUGAAAGCUACGAUGACAGGACGGCACGGGUGCUGAUUGGGCAUAUUUUAAAGAAAAUGAACAAACAGACUUUCCCAGAGUACUGCAGCCUGUGCAAAGAGAUCCUGCCAUUCACCGAUCGCAAGCAGGCGGUUUGCUCCAACGGACACAUUUGGCACAGGUGCUUUCUAACCUACCAAUCCUGUCAGAGUCUGGUUUACAGAAGAUGUCUACUUCGGGACAGCAUCGCCCGGCAUCCAACCCCAGAGGAUCCAGAGUGGAUCAUGAGGCUAUUGCAAGGCCCCUGUACAUUUUGUGACUCUCCUGUUUUCUAGAAAAUGGCUCGUGGCGAAGAGCUGCAAGGUACUUUCUCGAGGGCCCAGUCACCGUCCAGUCUGGGAGCAGCUGCUGGGAGGUGCAGGUGUGGAAUGACUCC